AUGCAUAUGCAAGAGGAGAAGGUAGAUGUCCAAGACAAAUUAAAUGAUGAUUUGCCAGACAUUCUUGACCAAGCUGAAGAUGUCUCAGAUGAUGAGGAAGAACAAGAUGAAGAUCGCUCUAUGUUCGACAUCCCUCCAGUUGAUGAUCAAAACGAACAGGAAGAAGAUGAUAAAGAGAACAAUAUAAGUGAUGAGGAAAACUCAGGUGAAAUCCCUAAGGCUAUCCAAAAUUCUAAUGUUUCCAAAGAAUUGAAGGCACCUUCAACUAGUAACACUAUUGCUUUCUCUCCAGAAGAAUUGGAAGCAUUGAAAAGGGGUAAGCCAGCAGAAUACCUGAAGGCAAUCAUAAGCGCCAGAGGUGGUUCGAACGAUAAAUGCUCCAGCUCCUCAAUUGUGUCUGGUGGCCGCUAUGUGAGCGAGUCUGCUGAUGAUCUACUCAAAAAGAUCAAAGAGAAGGCUUUCGAUGUUGAUCUGCUUCAAGUCUUAGAGAACGAUCCUUCUGCCUGUUUUGGGAUCAAGAACCUUCUGAAGCAAGUUGACAUCCUAACCAACUCUCUAGAAGUCACAGAUGUCAUCAUGGAACUUGGGCUAUUGAUUGAUCAAAUCAUUGCAGACCUCCAACGCAUCAAGGACGCUUCGACUAAAAUUCAGAAUAAAAUAGAAACAAAAGCAGCUGAAUGGGAGGCUGGCAAUGAAUCCACCACCGGAGUUGCUUAA